AGGCCAAGGUCACACAGCCAGAGUGAGCAUUUGAACUGUGCACUUCCGCUUCUAGAGUCCCUCUUCUUUCUACUGCCUCGAAUAGUUCUGAAUGAAAAAGGGAAAUGGUUCUUUCCAAGGGGACUGAAGAAAAAUGGAGUCUAUGUUUCUUCCCAGUGGCUGCAGCCCCUUUAGCUUUUUGUCCCUCCUUGGCCCUGUCCUUACCUUUGUGGCACAGUGUCCUUCAGCUUGGCCCUCAGUGUAGCUGUCCCCUCCCUCCCUGUGCCAUGCUCCCCACUGCAAGGUUGGUCCCUCCCCUCCCUGUUGGAAUGAAGCCCUGUCCUGCCCAGGCUACUGGGGUAUUGAGGGGCCCACCAGAGCCUGGGGGGCAGGCCUGGGCCAGCACGCUUGGCACUCCGCCCAGCCUCGUUGAGCCAGGCUCACUCCUUCCCUGCAGGGGUCUAGCAGGAGGCAGGGGCGGCCCGGGACAGGCCUUCCUUCCCUCCCCGGCACUUCAAGAACCACUCCCACCAGUUCCCUGGAUCACUCGGGGAGCACACCUGCCUGAACCCUGCCCCGAGGGGUUGGCCCCAGUACCUCUUACCACCAACCUGCAGAGUUCUUGUCCAGGCCACGGACAUGUCAGCAGUAGCAGGGACUCCCCAGGCAGUCUGAGAACCCACUGGGAUCCCAGUGGGAACAGUGUGGCUCCUGUGCCAGCUCUUGUUGGAGGACCAUCACCCUAACAUCGGGAUGGUACUGACCAACACAUCAGGAGGGCUAGAUGGCAAGAGCGCCUCUCUUUGCAUAUGACAAGGUCAGGCACUGUACUCACAGCCCCUGUGAGCAGGUUCUGAUCAGCUCGUUUUACAGUUGAGGACACUGAGCCUGGGAGGUUAAAUGACUUGUCAUGGUCACACAGCUAGCCCCUGGCAGAGCCGGGGUGGGGUAGAGGCCUGACUGAUGUCACCUUCCCCUGGAAUGCCCAGGACUGGGGAUAGUGGUGCUUCAGGCAGCAUUUGUCCUGCCCUUGAACACCUAGUGCCUCUUUCCUUCUCUUCCCCCACCCCUCGGCCCAAUAGGACAACGUGACUCACUGCCUGGCCCAUUCAGGCAGGAAUGCUAACCAUCCACACCGUGGGCCUGUCCGCUGAGGGCACAUUGUGCCAGUCCCACCCCCUGCCCCCUUUGGCUCUAUAAACAAGUGGGGCUGGGGCGAGGGGAAGCCAGGCACCGCCAAAGCAGCAUCCUGCCCUGGCUGCCGUCACACUGACAGGCUGGUGGGCCAGGGUGGGAGCCACAGGGACGGGACAGGCAAAAGGCCAUGGGGCAGGUACUUUCCUGCACACCAAGAGAGCUCCUGGGCUCCACAAAGAGGCUCAACGUGAACUACCAGGAUGCUGAUGGAUUCUCUGCCCUCCAUCACGCCGCUUUGGGGGGCAGCCUGGAGCUCAUAGCCUUGCUGCUAGAGGCUCAGGCCACCGUUGACAUCAAGGACAGCAAUGGCAUGCGCCCACUACACUAUGCAGCUUGGCAGGGCCGGCUGGAGCCUGUGAGGCUGCUGCUGCGUGCCUCCGCGGCCGUCAAUGCCGCCUCGCUGGACGGGCAGAUCCCCCUGCACCUGGCCGCGCAGUAUGGACACUAUGAGGUGUCAGAAAUGCUCCUCCAGCAUCAGUCCAACCCGUGCCUGGUCAACAAGGCCAAGAAGACACCCCUGGAUCUGGCCUGUGAAUUUGGCCGACUCAAGGUGGCCCAGCUGCUACUGAACAGCCACUUAUGUGUGGCACUACUGGAGGGCGAGGCCAAGGACCCGUGUGACCCCAACUACACUACACCCCUGCAUUUGGCUGCCAAGAAUGGCCACAGAGAAGUCAUCAGGCAGCUCCUGAGAGCCGGGAUCGAGAUCAACCGCCAGACCAAGACUGGCACGGCGCUCCACGAGGCCGCACUGUACGGCAAGACCGAGGUGGUGCGGCUGCUCCUGGAGGGAGGUGUGGACGUGAACAUCCGGAAUACAUAUAACCAGACGGCGCUGGACAUAGUGAAUCAGUUCACCACCUCCCAGGCCAGCCGGGAAAUCAAGCAACUACUGCGGGAGGCCUCAGGGAUCCUGAAGGUCCGAGCGCUCAAGGAUUUCUGGAACCUCCACGAUCCCACUGCUCUCAAUGUCCGGGCAGGGGAUGUCAUCACGGUGCUAGAACAGCAUCCCGACGGCCGCUGGAAGGGCCACAUCCAUGAGAGCCAAAGGGGCACAGACCGCAUAGGCUACUUCCCCCCGGGCAUCGUUGAGGUGGUCAGCAAGCGGGUGGGUGUCCCUGCAGCCCGCCUCCCCUCCGCACCCACCCCCCUGCGCCCAGGCUUCUCCCGGACACCGCAGCCUCCUGCCGAUGACCCCCUGCACCCUCUUACCUACGGCCAGCUUCCUCGGGUGGGCCUCAGCCCAGACAGCCCAGCAGGUGACAGGAAUAGCGUGGGCAGUGAGGGCAGUGUGGGCAGUAUCCGCAGCGCUGGCAGCGGGCAGAGCUCCGAGGGCACUAACGGCCACGGCCCUGGCCUCCUGAUUGAGAAUGCCCAGCCACUGCCCUCAGCCGGAGAGGACCAGGUGCUGCCAGGACUCCACCCACCAUCCCUGGCAGACAACCUGAGCCACCGCCCUCUGGCCAACUGCCGCUCUGGGGAGCAGAUCUUCACCCAGGACGUGCGGCCCGAACAGCUGCUGGAGGGGAAGGAUGCACAGGCUAUUUAUAACUGGCUGAGUGAGUUCCAGCUGGAGGGCUACACUGCCCACUUUCUUCAGGCUGGCUAUGACGUGCCUACCAUCAGCCGCAUGACGCCUGAGGAUCUGACGGCCAUCGGGGUGACCAAGCCUGGCCACAGAAAGAAGAUUGCCUCAGAGAUUGCUCAGCUCAGCAUUGCUGAGUGGCUGCCUACCUACAUCCCGACGGACCUGCUGGAGUGGCUGUGUGCACUGGGGCUGCCGCAGUACCACAAGCAGCUGGUGAGCAGCGGCUACGAUUCCAUGGGGCUGGUGACCGACCUCACCUGGGAGGAGCUGCAGGAGAUCGGGGUCAACAAGCUCGGGCAUCAGAAGAAGCUUAUGCUGGGGGUGAAGCGGCUGGCAGAGCUUCGGCGGGGCUUGCUGCAGGGAGAGGCCCUCAGUGAAGGCGGGCGCCGGCUGGCCAAGGGUCCGGAGCUGAUGGCCAUCGAGGGCCUAGAGAACGGGGAAGUCCCAGCUACCGCCAGCCCGCGGCUCCUCACCUUCCAGGGCAGCGAGCUGAGCCAAGAGCUACAGGCAGCCAUGGCAGGGGGUGGCCCUGAGCCACUCCCCCUCCCACCUGCCCGCUCUCCCAGCCAGGAGAGCAUCGGGGCACGCUCACGGGGGUCCGGCCACUCACAGGAACAGCCUGCCCUACAGCCCGGAGGUGGAGAUCCUAGCACCCUCCAGGAGAGGAACCUUCCAGAGGGCACAGAGCGGCCCCCUAAGCUUUGUACCCUACUUCCUGGCCAAGGACCCCCACCCUAUGUUUUUAUGAGCCCCCAGGGCUCCCCCUCCAGCCCGGCCCCAGGGCCACCUCCUGGCGCACCCUGGGCCUUCUCCUACUUGGCUGGACCCCCUGCUACUCCCCCAGACCCACCUCGACCUAAGCGCCGGUCCCACAGCCUGAGCCGCCCUGGCCCCGUGGAGGGGGACACUGAAGGGGAGGCCGAAGGGCCAGUGGGCAGUGCCCUGGGCAGUUAUGCCACCCUUACCCGGCGGCCAGGACGCAGCGCCCUUGCCCGGACCAGUCCUAGCGCCACCCCAACCCCAGCUCGGGGGACUCCUCGCAGCCAGUCCUUCGCCCUGCGGGCCCGGCGCAAAGGCCCCCCACCCCCACCCCCCAAGCGCCUCAGCUCUGUCUCUGGCCCUACCCCAGAGGCACCUCCCCUAGACGGGAGCCCAGGGCACAAGGAGGGGGCCUCAGGGCCCCGAAGGCGAACACUGAGUGAACCCGCUGGCCCCUCAGAGCCCCCUGGCCCACCUGCCCCGUCAGGGCCGUCGUCGGACACAGAGGAGGAGGAGCCAGGCCCCGAGGGGACGCCCCCAUCUCGGGGCAGCUCUGGGGAAGGGCUGCCGUUUGCAGAGGAAGGGAACCUGACCAUCAAACAGCGGCCGAAGCCCGCUGGCCCCCCACCCCGAGAGACAUCCGUGCCCCCGGGCCUCGAUUUCAACCUCACAGAAUCAGACACUGUUAAGCGGAGGCCCAAGUGCCGGGAGAGAGAGCCGCUGCAGACCGCCCUGCUGGCCUUCGGAGUGGCCAGCGUCACGCCUGGCCCUGCUGCCCCCCUGCCCUCCUCAGCUCCUGGCGAGUCUCCUUCAGCUUCUCCUAGCCCUCCUCAGCCUGAGCCCAGCAGCCUUCCACCCCAAGGAGCCCCAGCCCCCCUUGCUCCCAGCCCCGCCACACAGCCCUCGGUGCUGCCCUGCCCAGGGCCGGGUCUGGAGAGCUCAGCAGCUAGUCAGCGGAGUGGGGAGACAGAACCCCCAGCCGCCCCUGCUGCCCUCCUCAAGGUGCCUGGAGCAGGAACAGCCCCCAAGCCUGUAUCGGUGGCCUGCACCCAGCUGGCAUUUUCUGGCCCAAAGCUAGCGCCCCGGCUCGGCCCCCGUCCAGUGCCUCCUCCACGGCCUGAGAGCACUGGGACUGUGGGCCCAGGCCAGGCCCAGCAGAGACUGGAGCAGACCAGCUCGUCCCUGGCAGCUGCACUGAGAGCUGCGGAGAAGAGCAUUGGCACGGAGGAGCAAGAGGGCGCCCCCAGCGCCUCCACCAAGCACAUUCUGGAUGACAUCAGCACCAUGUUCGACGCCCUGGCUGACCAGCUGGACGCCAUGCUGGACUGAGCCCUUUGCCCACUAUGACCUGCCGACGUCCACUGCCUUUGCCCCAGCACAGAAGAAACCCCUGUCCUCUAAAAAAAA